GCCAGCCACGGAGGCAUUUGCUAACAACUGGAUGGAGUGCGUUUGUGAACAAAAAGAAGCUUGUUUCUGGAGAUGCUGUGUUGUUUCUUAGGGGCGACGAUGGAGAACUGAGAUUAGGGAUUCGUAGGGCAGCUCAGUUGAAAAGUGCUGGUUCCUUUGCAGUUCCCACUGGGCAGCAACUGAAUCCUGGAACUCUCAUGGAUGUUGUUAAUGCAUUAUCUACAAGAAGUGCUUUUAGUGUAUGCUACAAUCCAAGGUUUAGCUCUUCGGAAUUCAUCAUACCUGUUCACAAAUUCUUAAAGAGCCUUGAUUGUUCUUAUUUAGUUGGAAUGAGGUUCAGGAUGCGUUUUGAAACUGAAGAUGCUGCUGAGCGGAGAUUUACUGGACUAAUUGCUGGAAUCAGUGAUGUCGAUCCUGUUAGAUGGCCUGGAUCAAAAUGGAGAUGCCUACUGGUAAGGUGGGAUGACAUAGAAGCUGCUAGGCUCAAUAGGGUUUCCCCAUGGGAAAUUGAGCCAUCUGGUCCUGCUUCAAGUUCCAGCAACAUGAUGACAGCUGGUUUGAAGAGGACCCGGAUUGGAAUGACUUCAGCGAAGAUGGAAUUUCCUUCUCCCAAUGGGAUUGGAACAUCAGACUUUGGGGAAUCAUUAAGGUUCCGGAAGGUCUUGCAAGGUCAAGAAAUUUUGGGUGUUAAUCCUCCCUUUGAUAGCAUUAAUGCUCAGAGUCCUCGGUUAUAUGACUUAGGGAGGUACUAUCCUGGUCCAAACGGUUCUGGGAUUCCUCUAACAGGGAAUAACAUCAGAAUGCCUCACGCAGCAUCUGAUUUUUCCUGCAAUGGCACAGGCUUUAGUGAAUCUUUCCGGUUCCAGAAGGUCUUGCAAGGUCAAGAAAUUCUUCCAAGCCAACCAUAUGGAAGAGCCUUGUCAAUCGAGGAGGCUCGAGCUAAUGGUCGCUUUGGACAUUUUGAUGGUUAUCAGUUACUUAACUCCAGAAAUGGGUGGUCUGCUCAGAUGCAUGACAAUGCUCCACAUUUGCAUGCAUCCGUUACACCUGCACAAGUGUCAUCUCCAUCAUCUGUGUUAAUGUUUCAGCAAGCAGUUAAUCCAGUUUCAAACUGUGAUUAUAAUAAUAAGAAACAUAAUAAGAUGGAGGGUAGAGUGCAUUACCAAAGUUUAUGUACUUCUGAAGUAAAAGCUAGAACAUUUGUUUCUCCCCCAUCUGGUGAUCUUACUUACUCUAGGCGAGUUCCGGAAGGUGCUAGUUCUUUAGGUAUGUUUGAUGUUCAUAAUCAGUUGGGUAGCUCACAGUCAAACAAUUCUGUGUCAGCAUUGAGAAAAAAUCAAGAGAUGGUUUCCUCAUGUAAAAGUAGUUGUAGACUCUUUGGUUUUUCACUGACUGAGGACGCACAUGUUGCAAAUAAAGAGGCUGAUUCCUCUACCAUCACUAGACCAUUGAAUACUGGACCUUCCUUUACUAGACUUGUAGAAGAUGAGUUCCAUCCCAGCCGGGCCCUCCCGAGCAAGUCGGUUGGAAGUAACUGCACCAAGGGUGUGUUGCAGUAUUGA